AUGUUUUUUGGUGAAGCUGCUUUGAAUAGGGUUUCCUUUCUGAGAAGUAACAGAGACUUUAUCAAAAUUGCUUUGUCUCAUGAAUCUACUACUUUUAUACCUUUCAUUAAUGGGGAAGGUUUGUUGGAUGCUGCCAACCAUGAUCUGUACAUGUGCAGCUUGAAGCAGGAUGCAGAGAUAGGUUCCAUCGUGGAGAAAGUGGCUGAAGCUAUCGACACGCCGAUGGGGAGAUGUGAGAUUACUGGUGUGAAUCUGACGUUUUUGGGUUUGGAUGAGUCCAAUGUAACUAAUUCAGCCAGCCCAAUGCCAUCAUCAUCCGCUGCUGCUGCUUCUGCUUCCUCCUCUGGAUGUGGGAGUAAUUGUGUCGAAUUCUGCAAGGGCAAAUAUAGAGGUGCUCCUUACUUUGCUAUCGACCUGCGUUCUGCUAGCAGCAACAGCAAGACAGUGGUUCAGCCUUCUGAUUAUAUAAAUCUAUCAAAGAGAUUCAAACCAAUCUCUUUGCUAGAGAUGAUUACUUUGAACAACAAGUCGGCGUCUCUGUACUCCCAAGCAAAGAUGUACCUGGAUUGGUCUUCAAAAUUUAAAUUUUGCCCAGGUUGUGGUAGCCCAAUGUAUGCAAUUGAAGCAGGUACCAAAAUGGCUUGCAGCAAUAAGGAUAAAUCAAUAGUUUGUAACGUUAGAGACUCAAGAUUAAACAACGUCUGUUUCCCACGAACUGACCCGUCAGUCAUCAUAGCCAUUGCAAACAGCGACUAUUCAAAGACUUGUUUAGUUAGAACUAAAAGACAUAUGAAAGAUCGCAAUAACAAUCCAAUCAAAAUGUACUCUACAAUUGCAGGCUUUUUGGAACCUUCUGAAACGGUGGAAACUGCCUGUUCAAGAGAAAUAUGGGAAGAAUCAGGGAUCAAGUGCCCUCAAGAAAACAUUAAAAUAAUCAAUACUCAACCUUGGCCAUACCCUGCUUCAAUGAUGAUAGGUUGUGUCGGUAUUGUUGAUUUCAAUGGAUCUAAUGAAAAUAUCGAUUUGGAUAACGAUAAAGAAUUGUUAGAUGCAAAAUGGUUCAAUACAAAAGAUUUGAUACACGCUAUAGAUAGUUCUCACCAAUGCAAAGGGUUUUUCGUUGAUUUCAUAGAUGAUAUCAAAAUACCAAAUGACUCGACAAUCGCUUUCCAAUUAAUGAAUCAUAUUUGCAACAAGUAUAAAGCAAUUAAUUCAAAUUCAAAUUCAACUGCACUUCUGUAA